CCUGCCAGGGCAGGGCUUCGUGUCCGCGCCCCCCUACCCCGAGUACAUGGGAUACCACCCCGUGCCAGCCCUGGACACCCACGGGCAGCCGCCGGGGCCCUGGGGCUCCCACUAUGGCCCGCAGAGGGAGGACUGGAACGCGUACGGGCCGGGCCCCUCCGGCGCGGGCACUGCCCAGCUCAGCGCCCCGUCCCCCGCCCCGGGCUCCUACAGCCCCGCCGAGUACAGCUCCCUGCAGCCCGGGGCCGGGGGGGGCUCUCCCGCAGAGCCCGGCAGUGCCCAGCACUGCUCCCCCAGCAGCCACAGGCACAGCUCCUACGAGUGGAUGAGGAAAACCGUGCAA